UUUGCAGAUAAAAAGGUUAUUUUUUUCCAGAGUUUUUAUUAUGGCAAAGUGGGGAGAGGGAGACCCUCGUUGGAUAGUUGAGGAGAGACCUGAUGCAACCAAUGUUAAUAACUGGCAUUGGACAGAGAAGAAUGCAGAUGCAUGGAGCAAAAAUAAGAUUAAAGAACUGUUCACAGAUCUAAUCAUCGAAGAUCCUCACGCUAACGUGGUGGUGGAGGAGGUGGAGAAGGUGGAGGGGGAAGCCAGGGCCAAUAACAGGAAGGGGAAGCUUAUCUUCUUCUACGAGUGGGAGAUUACGCUUAAAUGGAAAGGAAACCUAAAUGGGAACGAUACCGAGGUUAAGGGUAAGAUUGACAUACCAAACCUGAGCGAAGAGCACGAAGAUAUGAAGGACGUCGACCUCGAUAUAUCCCUGACCACCAAGGGGUCCGAGUCCGACCUUCUUAAGGAGUUCAUGCGAAAAGGUCGGGGCGCAGAGAAAAUCCGCGAAACUUUAUCCAAGUAUGUAACCGCAUUGAAAACCGAGUAUUCCACGGGCCUAAUCCUCCCAAAAAAACAUGAAGCCAACGGAGAGGCAGUGAAAUCCUCCGCCCCGCGUAUCCCACACUCCACCGGUGCCACAAGCGAGGCGGAGAAAAGUUUUCGUAAAGUUGAAAUCAGCAGUGGACUUAAGUUAGAGGUUGAUGAUAUUCAUUUGGAGGAGACGAUGAAGUGUACUGGGCAGGAGCUCUUCAACGCACUCACACAGAGGGACAUGAUCCAGAUAUUCACAGGGGGCGAGGCCAAGAUGGCCGCCGAGGCCGCUAAAGGUGUGGAGUUUUCCCUCCUCGGUAGUAGUAUCACCGGCAAGUAUAUUGAGGUGGUGCCAUUUACAAAAAUAGUUAAAGAAUGGAGACUCAAGUCUUGGCCCAGCGGACAUUUUUCACAGGUUGAAAUAGAGAUCAAGCAAACUAAAGAAGAUACAAAGAUUUCCAUCACACAGAGAGGGGUUCCUAUCAAAGAGGUUGAAUCUACAAAGCAAGGCUGGCACCGUUAUUAUUUCGACGCAAUGAAAAGAUCGUUUGGUUUCGGAGCUAUGUUGUUCUAAUUUAAACAAGUUUUCUAGUUGUGAACAUUCGUCCGCCUCAACCUCAUCCGGCUCAACCUAUUAUUCAAUCCGGCUUGGAACAAUCCGCCGUCUUGUUUCAGUUGGGGCGAUACUCAUACGCCUUAUUUUUUCAGUCAUUGUCAUUGUUUGGAUAUUAAAAUAUCCAAACUUUUAUAAUUAUACUUUGGUAAAUUGAUAAGCUGUUCUUUCUUCAAGAAUUCAUUCACAUGAAAAUAUAUUUUUGUCCCUAUGUAAUUCGUCAUACGGCGUUUUUGGAUUUUUAGCCACCGAAAGAAGCAUUUUAUUUAUGCACAUAUUCAAUUUUGUUAAUUUAGUUAAUAUAAUAAAGAUGUUAAUUUA